GAGAGCUGACACAGGGGGAGCUGUACUCAGCCAUCAAGAAAGAGAAGGAGCAGACAGAGGCAGGAGAUGCGAGCACUACACACUUCAGUGGAGAGAUGCACUUCUAUGAAUUAGUGGAGGACACUAAAGAUGGGAUCUGGCUGAUUCAGGUCAUUGCUCAAGGCCGGGAAGCUCUGCUCAGUCAGUCCAACUGGGAGAAAAUGGUGCAGAAAGUGUCUCAGUUUGGGAUCAGAACUGGAACCUUCAAUUGCUCUAAUGACUACAGGUCAUGUAUCAAGCGUGGCUGGCAGCACUCCACUCUCAUCAUGUCUGUUCCUCAGACUUCAGCGUCAAAGGGCAAAGUCAUGCUCAAGGAAUACAACGGCCAUCGCAUUGAAACCGAACACAUCUUCCGCUGGAUGACCUCACAUGUUGCUCAUCGAAUCAAAACCCUGCAUCGUUCUGUGCAGCUAGUGGAGGAGUGGCGCUCUGAUCCAGCCCACCCAGUAAAGAUGUUUCUGUUCGCCCGUCUGUCCCAGCCACCUGCCUUCUUCUCCUCGCUGUCCAUCAAGUUCACUGGCAGGAUCGAGUUCAUCUAUGUGGAUGUACGUCACUGGGACAACCGCAGCAGCCUAUCAGAGAUCGGUGUGACACAUAGCCCCGCUUACAUCCUCAAGAUGCCCGAGGGCAUUUAUCGCUAUGGCAACAGUACCGGGGAGUUUUUGUCCCUGGCUGCCAUGGAUACUUUCCUGCGUUCUGUCCAGCCAGAGGUCAAUGACCUGUUUGUCCUCAGUCUGGUUCUGAUCAACUUGCUGGCCUGGAUGGACCUCUUCAUUACACAGGCUCUCCUCCAGCUGCCCUAUCUGGACUCUCUGUAUGGAUACAGUCUGAAGCUUCUUCGUUAUGCUGACACCACCACACUGGCCAGCCUGGUUAGAGCUGACUGGACCUUCUACUCGUCCCACCCAGCUCUCUUCCUGUCCACCUACUUGGCCCACGGCCUGCUCGUUGACUACUUUGAGAAGAAACGUCGCUGUGGCAUCAGAAGCCAAGAGGACAGCACCACCAACUUGGAGUGGCUGGCCAGUCUGUGGGACUGGUACACUUCCUACCUGCUCCACCCAAUUGCAUCACUGCAGCAGGUCCCGUCUGACCACUCAGACUGGGAGGAUGAUCCCAACUUCCUUUUUGAGCGUUUGGCUUUCCCUGAUCUCUGGCUUCGCCCAUUAGUAAACAUAGACUACAUUAAAGCCCUGCCAACUUGGAGGUUCAGAGCUGUAGGUCUGCACGGGGGGGAGGGGUCUGGUGGAAGGCUGGAUGAUGAGACAGAUAGUUCACAUUCAGACACAGAGAGCAGGGAGCAGAGAGAUUCCCCUCCUGCAGGUCCCAGCAGCUGCAAAAGGCACGAGAGAUCAUUGUGCAAUCAGGACAACAACACACAGCUCUCUGUGUACAACAACAUGGACUCUGCCACUGCCGCUGCAUCGUCCUUCUGCUGUCGUCAUGGGAACAGAAGCUCACCAUCAACCGACGAGGUGAUGGAGGACGGCUGCCUCACAUUUGAAGGUGUCUCAAACCAUCAGCACUGUGAUUGGUCAGUGUGGCCCGUUGACAUUCUGCAGUGUUCAGAAUGUGUGGUGUGUCUGGAGAACUUUGUCAGUCAGGAGCUACUGAUGGGUUUGCCCUGUGGCCACGCCUUCCACCAGCAGUGCAUUGUGGUGUGGCUGGCAGCAGGCAGACACUGCUGCCCAGUGUGUCGUUGGCCCAGCUACAAGAAGAAACAGCAGAGAGCUGCAAAGAGCAGCUCUACUGAAAACAGACUGCAGGACUGAUGAGUACAUCUAACUGAGCCCUUCUUAUCUUCAUGUCUUCUUUCUUCUCUCUCUCUGGCACCAAGCUCACUAGGCAUUGAGACUGUGUCUGUUAUCAUCACAGCUUGCUUGGGUGAAGUCAGGACUGGGGAGGAAUUAAGUAGGAUACAUCAGUCAGUUGGGCGGAUGUUGUCAUGAGCCAUCAAUCAGCCUGUUUCCAUUCCUUUUGAAGGCAAUGUUCUGGCCAUCAUAGCAGACAGACGGAAUGAUGAAUGCCCAGUCAACUUGCUUUCUGAAUACAGAGGAUAUUGAUUCACAAGAAGUUGCUUACUAUAUCAAGUCAACUGCAUCAAAAUACAAUUGUAUAAUAACACAUGUACACUGUCUGCUCCACCCUGUAUCAUGACUGACAAAUGCAAAAACCUCCAUGUUUGAUUUUGUAUGUUAAUUAGACUUUUGUUAAGAAUAGAGGGAAGUCGAUAGCUCUUACUGAACCCUCUCUCAUAACACAAGAAACGUCAGUCAGCACAACAAUGCAAUUCAAAUUAAUCGGGUGUGAAAACUACUUCUGUUUCUGAAGGUCUUGACAUGACCCCAUUGACAUCUCCUCACGAUGUUCAUUUUUACAUGACUUAAGUAUUUAUUUUGAUUAUCCAGAAAGAAUUUGCUUAAACCAAGUUUCUUACCCCAGCAGUGUCAAUAGUUUUGACCUAAUUCCUGCUCUAGUUUGUCUCUCUAGUGUAAACAUGCAGCACUUGAGUUGUGAUUUAUAACUCAGAACCGUAACACAUACUGUUAAUAGCUGUUGUAAACCUUGAGGAUACAAAAUAAAGCCAGGUGGUCUAAGGGUCUUUUCACACAAACCAAGGUUUGCGUUUUUGAUACACUGUAUAAAUUAGAUCCAGUUUAAUUUGGUUUCACAUUGUAACUAUGCGAGUGCAUUAAACAACUGUAUAUAACAUACCUAGAUCCUGUUGUCAUCACCUACAUGGGCUCCCAAUACUUGCAAGUGAUUUCUUUGUAGACAGGCUUAAUGUCAGUUCAGCAGAUGGCCUUCAAUUGCAGUUUGAAUGAAUGGACAAACAUGAAUGAACAGCUUCAUUUUGUUUUCGCUAUGAUAAUAAUAAUGUCAAUUAAACAUUCAAUCUCCUCUUCACAUGUA